UGCAGAUUCCCUCCAGUAACCAGCAAUGAACUUGGACAUUACCCAACAAUCACUUUCAUAGUAGCUGAGGUUGAACGAUUAUAAGCAGACCUUUAGAAUGAUAUACAAUAAGCAGCGUAUCACAGUGCAACUCUACAAAGUUAACUUUACAUCAAACAAACGAUAAGUUAGUGUGGUAUAGUAUAUAUAUUAGUCAAAACAUUGAACGUAAGACUUGACUAUUUCAUGGAGAACAAUGUCUUUCUAUUACAUGUCAUUAAUGUUGGUGACCACAAGUUUCUACACUAAUAUUGCAGUACCUCUAGCACAAGUUACACAACAAAACAAUGGCUUGGUCAGUGACCAAGGGGUCCACAAUCCAGUUGGAACAUUUGACUUUCAAAAUCAAAAUUUAAACGAGCCAUCAAUCCGAAAGACUAAGAAGCGGAGCAUACCAGAGACAGAUGAGAGAACAAGUGAAGCAAAAACUAAUUUGGAUUACACCACGACUACACCUGUGAAUAAUGAUUCUGAUUCAUCACCUAAAUAUCUUUGUGAAAUAGAUGCAAUUGAACCUGUUGGUCCAGCAUGUGCAAAUAGAUCAGUGAAUUAUAUGUCUUAUAUGUAUACUUGCGAGUCACGCUGUAAUGAUCCUAUGAUGGAAUGUGGUGCUUAUAUGGGACCUUAUUGCUCCUGUCAUCCGUUAUGUUUGGUGUCUCAUGACUGUUGUCAAGAUUUUCAACAGUUUUGUCCAGAACAUUACAAGAUUGGUGAGAGAAAAAGAGACAUUUUUGCCAGUGCAGCAAACUCGUCAGCUUAUGUUGAGUGUAUGAAUCCCUUUAGCAAAAAGGAAAAAGAUUAUACCUUUUGGAUGGUAGGGCACUGUCCACUGGAUAACGUUAAUCAAACAGUGUGGGACAAAUGUGAAGGUGAAAUUACGGAAUUUAUACAAAUAGUCCCAGUUGUUUCGCGAGCAACUGAUGUAACUUACAAAAAUUACUUCUGUGCAACAUGCAACAAUAUUCUCGAUGUUAUACCAUGGGGUCUUAAUGUCACAUGUAACGAAGUAUGGGAAGGCUCCUUAAACUCACCACAAGAGUUGUUGGAUUUAGUUGAUAAUGGAGCAUGUGAUUUAGAAUAUAAACCCCCUGUUGAACACAUAUGUGUGGACAAAUACAUGAGACAACCAGACUGCACGCCUCAGUCCACUGGAUGCCUUCCAAAAUAUGCAGACUUGUGUUAUUAUGGGUUUCAAAUGCCUGUCGCAAUGGGUAUUUCAGAGAAAUCAUUUAAGAAUGUUUACUGUUUAAUGUGUGCUGUACUAGAAGGGUUUCCAUUGGAUGAUAUUUCAUGUGAUUUUUGGGGGGAUGAGUCAGCGAUUGUGACACCCAUUCAGGGAGAACUUGCCAAAUUUUCAUUUGGAAUCCUAGUUGAUUAUAAUCCUUCAGCUGGAAACAAGGUGGGAUUCAUAUUUAAGGAUGACAUAAAAACAUUUGGAUGUGGCCUGGCUGAUUCAGAAAAUUUGGACUGUGUUUCUUACUGUGCAGACGGAUUUCAAUACACAAAUGGGAAAUGUGUCUUAAAAUAUCACACUUUUGCUAUGACAAUAACUGGUUGGUGGUCAAUGCCUAACUAUUGGCUAAUAGAAAACACUGACUAUUGGAAAAUCUUAAAGAAAACAUUGAUAGAAUUAUUUCUUGAAGUAUUGGAGCCAUGUAUUGUUGAGGAGAUAAAACUGAAAGCUAUUGAUGAUCGAGAUCCUUUAAUCCACUUUGAUAUCACUAGCAAAUACAAAUUGAAAGUUGAAAACAGAAUACCUUUAGAUGAGAUACACACAACAUUUUUCAAUAAUAUUCUCAAAGAAACUAUUUCAGCUCAUCCGAAGAGAACACAAGAAAUACUUGACCUACAUGAGGUAUGUCUGAGUUUGUUUGGUGAAAAGUCAUGUUGGAAUUAUGGAUGUGUUACAAAGUCGAGUGAAAUUAUAGGAGGCGACUUUGUAUCUCGAAAUGAAUCAAACAAUAACAACCAAUCAGCUAUUGCAAUAUCAAUUCCUCGAAUGACAUACAACACGACGGACUGUCCCCGGAAACCUGUUAACCCGAAUUCUGUUGAGAUAUUGACCAAUGGGAGUAUAGUAUCUAUUGACACUGGGAAUUUACUUUCAGAAGAUGAAUUUUUAUUGGUCGGGAAUAUGGUAUAUGUUUGUGUGAAUGAGAGUGUGGAGUUUGAUAAUUUGACUGCAGUAUGGAAGUAUGAUGACACAAUGGGGCUAUUAACAAUCAUAUGUACCACACUUUCACUUGUCUGUAUGUUCAUUAGGCUUAUUCUUCAACCAUUUGUUCCACUGUUUCAAAACUUCCCUGGAAAAUUACAAUUUCUAUUUAUCUUGUCAUUGUUUCUUGCAAGUUUGUUAUUUCUAAUUGGGCCAAAUUGUAUCCAUAUCAAAGAACUUUGUAUAACACUUGGGGUUUUGAUCCACUGGAGUUACUUGGCUGUUUUUACAUGGACAGUGAUCAUAGCAAGAGAUAUGUUCUAUAUAUUCUCUCCCUCUAGUUUCGCUAAAUCAACUGACACAAAUGUUUCAGUUCUUAAACGGUACACACUUCUAGCAUGGGGUGUUCCAGCCGUCAUAGUGGCAAUAUCUUUAGGUCUUGAUUUUUCAAAUAUCGACCCUGCUUUCAAGCCGAUGUAUGGCAGGGGAAUUUGCUGGAUAUCACAGAGAUAUCCUCUCUUGAUAUUUUUCACUAUCCCUAUUGCCAUAUCCAUUCUGGUCAAUAUAGGGUUCUUCAUACCAACAGCCAUAAGUCUUUGGAAAUCAAUGAAACAAAGGGUUCUAAGUACCAACAAGACUUCAGAAUAUCCAUUUGGUAUAUACGCCAAGCUAUUUUGUCUUAUGGGUUUUACAUGGAUCUUUGCAUUUAUAGCACCAUACAACAUAGCAUUGUGGUAUAUAUUCAUUGUGUUAAAUGCAAGUCAAGGGGUGUUUAUAUUCCUUGCCUUUGUUUUAAGGAAACAAGUUUGGGAUAGUCUCACUUUCUCAAAAGACUCCAAAAAAUCAAAUACCAAAACGAUUUCAUCGUAUCUAUCUCCGAAGUCUACAACAUCAGAGCAAAAUGGACUGACCAAUCAACAAGACAGAGAUAUGGGACAAAGUCCAAAAGUAAGCGAGGAUGAAGAAAGUAAAGCUGUAAUGAAUAAAGAUAAUUCUGUAAAAUUAGAUUUGAGCGGGGAAAUUACAAAUGCCAUAGAAAUGAAACGUGGCAUGGAUAUGAAAGGUCAGAUGCAAAAAUGGAGAUGUCAUGAAUUGUAAAGUGACAUAGAAAUGAAACGUGAUGUAGAAAUGGGCAACAGAACAGCUAAUGCCCGAGUCAAAAUUGCUCUGAUUCAUCAGACGGCGCCCGGCUGAUUGCACAUUUUGUUCAAAAUUGUAUAUUCAGGUUUUAACAUUAUACUUUAUCUGCCGUGCACCAGCCGAUGAAUCCAGGCAAGUAACAUGAAUGUAAAUGACAUUGCCGAUAUUCUUUAUCAUAAAUGUACAUGUAAUAAAGUUUCCAAUAUGAAACCAAGUUUAAUUACUUUUUGUAUGUCUCAAAUGUUACACGACCAAGUUAGCCACCUGGUGGUGAAACUAGUGACUACCCACUGCUACUUAGAUGAUUGUGUGAAAUGAAUCCAACAUAGACAGUAUAAUAUUGUAUUGUACCAUAUCGUACCAUACUGUACCGUACCAUACUUUAUUAUAUAGUUUGUUGAAGAUUUUCCCCAGACAGGAAAGUAAUUUGCAGAAGUCUAAGUGGAACAUUUUAACAAGGGAGGUUAUAAAAAAGAUGGCAGGACCUACUUGUAAAUCAAUCUUACUAUGUGCAAACAAGGAGGAUUGGCUCCCAGAGUGCAAUAUCGAUAUGUUUGCCAUAUUAUUAUUAUGAGCUUUAUUAUACUUGUAUCCCACAUUUGGGCAAAGUGUACAGCUUAAAC